CCGAGACUUAUACAGAUAAUGAAAGAUACCAUUUUGGCAAACUAUGUAGGUGCAUUUACAUAUUGGAAGCGACGCUGGGAAAUGCUAAAUUGCUAAAUAUACAUAUCAAAUAUUUUAGCCAUCCCUACCAGAGAAAUAUCCCUUCCUCAUACACGAUAACGUGUGGAUUCUGUACUCAUAUACCGCAUAUACCAAUCCGUAAUCCGUUGGUGCUUGUACACAAUUUUUACUCAAUAAUGAUGAUAUAAUGAUGUCAGAUCUAUUAUAUAUGGAGUAAAAGUAAUAAAUUGAGGAAUAGUGAUAUAUUAUUAAUGAUUGGGCAAUACAAAUGUCCAAAGAAUUAAAAAACAAUAAUUUUGGUAUUUGUAAAUAAUGAGCUUUUGAACAUGGCAAACACUAAAUCUCCCGUUUCUCUGCUCCAAGAGGUUCUUGUGAAACAUGGAUCACAAGUACCAAUAUACCAAGAAAAGCCAUCAGAUUUACCCCAGUUUCCAUUUAAAUGUACAGUACUGGUUGGCACUAUAACUGCUGAUGGUUAUGCACACACGAAGAAAGAGGCUAAACAAAAUAGCGCAAAAGAAGUUCUCCUAAAACUUGGUGUUGGAUUAUCAAAUUCUAAUAAAAUUCAUCCUGUACACUUGGUUGUUCCUCUUAAUGGUGUAAAUUAUACAGGAAAGUUACAUGAAUACGCUUCAGGCAACAGGCUUCCGUAUCCGACAUAUUGCGAAAAAAGUCCACAGAAUGGAUGGUUUUUGGUUGAAUGCCAAUUUCUUGGCAUGACCGCAAUGGGGAUUGGUACAACUAAACAAAAUGCGAAACAGGAAGCUUCCAAAAAAAUGUUAGAAGAGAAGUUGAAGAGAAGAUACUUUAGUUGAGUUGAAGGUCCUGAUCUGAGGUACCUACAAAUCUUAGACCCAAAGAAGUAUAUCAUAUGAUGAUCAUCAUAUUUUACCAGACGCAUUAACUUAAUUAUCGCAAAUCUAAUAAAUUAGUGUUGCCACUACAACCGCAUAGGCAUAAACAAAUUCGUGUUCGCAGUAGGUAAUUCAUCAGUUUAGCCAGAGAUAACAGGAGA